GUUACGACAUCCUUCAAGGUUUCCUAAUCCAAACCCAAUUGGGUUUUCAUAACCCAAAUCCAACUGGGUUUCACUUAAACAAAGUCUUUUUCCAUACCCUGUCACAAGUAAAUCCUGCAGUCCGUACGUUUGAGAGAGAGAGAGAGAGAGAGAGAGAGAGAUGGUGAUGUUGAGUGUGAAUGAAGAAGUGCAAAUCCUUAAUAUUCGUGUAUUCAAGUGGAACGAAGAGCUUCAUAACGUCGAAUCGUCGCAAGGGUUGUUUCUGUUCCGCAUCAUUGAUAAUAUCUUAAGAAAUUCGGAGUUCCACCAACGUACUUUGAAACGACCUGAGUUAUUAUCAGUGUUGCGGAUCAAAAACAAACUAUCAGUGUUCGAGCUUGUAAACUUAUCGAAUCGAGACUCCAUCAAAAAGUUGGUUUCUCAGGCCAUUGAAAGCAGAGAAGAAGACUACUUGGACGACACGGCUGCCAAACUGAGAGAAGCUGUAUCCGAAUACCUGCUUGGUUGCUUCAAAUUCGACAUAUUCCAACCGCUGCCUUCCCUGAAAAACCCCAUAAUCGUCAUUGUAGUAGACGUUGCCGUAUCCAAAAGGAUAAACGGUACGAGGAAGAGGCACUUACCGUCCAGCUUCUUAUCAAAGAGACAAGAAACUAAAGAUUCUUGCGAUGAUGUUUCAACAAAAGACUCUUGUGACGAUGCUUCAAUGCGUCCAGAAUCCGUAAAGAAAAGAAGAGUUGGGGAUGCCCGGGCUUAUAAGAAGGAAAUAAGGUCUCGGAUGCAACAGUUGAAAUUGUCUCAUCGAGAUGAAGUUGAGAUUCGGCUUAUUUUAAGGUCGUAUUUGGAAGAACCAAGAGCUUCUGUGAUAAUUCCGAUAGUCGCUGGGGAACCUAAGGGGCUUAGUCAAGUUGAGGUUGCGGUGAAAGAAAAGGAAUUUGAUGGUAAUGAAUUGGAAGAUGCAUGUCCGAUAUGUUUGGAGGGGAUAUUAAGAGGGAUGAAGGUCGCGAAAUCUCCUUGUUCACAUAUCUUUCACAGAGAUUGCUUGUUCCGGUGGCUACCAAAGGAUAGUCGCUGCCCCUUGUGCAGAUCUACUUGCGCUACCUUGGUAUCGGAUUUUUAUGUAGUUGACUCGUUUCAAUUUUUCUUGAAAGAUUUUAAAUUUGUUUUGCGUGAACUUCCUUUUGUGUCGUAGUUCCUGACUAAUUAUCAUAAGCUACGCCAUUUGAGUUUUUCCUGUUUCUUGAGCUUCAGUUUGGUGUUUUUGCAGGUUGAGGGGGCUGUUACGUAUCAUGGCUUGCUACAUCAAGAUUUAUCGCACCAGACUUUGUGCUAAACGUUGUACACUGAUCUUGUUAGUUGCUUAUCGAAACAAACU